GCACACCCCAAGCAAACGCUGCCACUGCCUCAGCAGCUGCUGAGUGCUGGACCUGCUGCUCUGCCUCGCCCAUCACCCGCCAGUGCCUGCGAGGAGAGGAGAGGACAUGCGCGUUCCUCCACCCCAGCUGAGAGGGUCCUGGACCCACCUCCAGAAGCUUCUCACCCCCUGGCUGUUCCGAGAGAAAGACUGGGACCAGCGUCUGGACGAGGUCUAUCUGCUGCAACAGAAGAGGAUUCGAGAAUCGCCGCUGCUCUGGGCAGCCAAGAACAAUGACCUGUGCGCCCUGAAGAGACUUCUGCUGGAUGGAGCCUGUGACUUGCGACAAAGAGGGGCCCUGGGGGAGACGGCGCUGCACAUAGCAGCUCUCUACGACAACCUGGAGGUGGCCAUGGUGCUGAUGGAGGCUGCCCCGGACCUGGCCUUGGAACCCACCCUGUAUGAGCCCUUCGUAGGCCAGACUGCACUGCACGUGGCCAUCCUGAACCAGAAUGUGAACUUGGUGCGAGCCCUGCUCGCCCACGGGGCCAGCAUCUCUGCCAGAGCUACGGGCUCAGCUUUCCGCCACAGCCCCCACAACCACGUCUACUUUGGGGAGCACCCUCUGUCCUUCGCUGCCUGCGUGGGCAAUGAGGAGAUCGUGCGUCUGCUCAUCGAACACGGAGCGAACAUCCGGGCCCAGGACUCCCUGGGAAACACAGUGUUGCACAUCCUCGUCUUCCAGCCCAACAAGACCUCUGCCUGCCAGAUGUACAACCUGCUGCUGUCCUACGACGGGCGCGGAGGCCGCCUGCAGCCCCUGGACCUCGUGCCCAACCACCAGGGCCUCACCCCCUUCAAGCUGGCGGGCGUGGAGGGCAACACUGUGAUGUUCCAACACCUCAUGCAGAAGCGGAAGCACAUCCAGUGGACCUGCGGGCCGCUGACUUCCACUCUCUACGACCUCACAGAGAUCGACUCCUGGGGAGAGAAGGUGUCCUUUCUGGAGCUGGUGGUCUCCUCCAAGAAGCGGGAGGCUCGGCAGAUCCUGGAGCAGACGCCUGUGAAGCAGCUGGUGAGCCUCAAGUGGAAGCGCUACGGGCGGCCCUACUUCUGCCUGCUGGGCGCCUUGUACUUGUCCUACAUGGUCUGCUUCACCAUGUGCUGCGUCUACCGCCCCCUCAAGUUCCGCGACGGCAAUCGCACUGCAUCCCGAGAUAUCACCAUCAUGGAGCAGAAGCCACUCCAGGAGGCCUAUGUCACGGAACAGGAUAAAAUCCGGCUGGUGGGGGAGCUGGUGACCGUCGUCGGGGCCCUGAUCAUGCUGUUCCUUGAGAUUCCAGACAUCUUCAGGGUCGGCGCCUCUCGCUAUUUCGGACAGACUGUCCUCGGGGGGCCAUUCCAUGUCAUCAUCAUCACUUCUGCCUCCCUAGUGCUGGUCACCAUGGUGAUGCGGCUCACCGACACCAAGGGGGAGGUGGUGCCCAUGUCCUUCGCCCUGGUGCUGGGCUGGUGCAGUGUCAUGUACUUCGCCCGAGGAUUCCAGAUGCUGGGCCCCUUCAGCAUCAUGAUCCAGAAGAUGAUUUUUGGAGACCUACUGCGUUUCUGCUGGCUGAUGGCCGUGGUUAUUAUGGGAUUUGCCUCGGCCUUCUAUAUCAUUUUCCAGACACAGGACCCAAGCAAGUUGGGGGAAUUCUAUGACUUCCCCACAGCGCUGUUCAGCACCUUCGAGCUUUUCCUCACCAUCAUCGACGGCCCCGCCAACUACAACGUGGACCUGCCCUUCAUGUACAGCCUCACCUACUCUGCCUUCGCCAUCAUCGCCACCCUGCUCAUGCUCAACCUUUUCAUCGCCAUGAUGGGCGACACCCACUGGCGGGUGGCCCAGGAACGGGACGAGCUCUGGCGGGCUCAGGUCGUGGCCACCACGGUGAUGCUGGAGAGAAAGAUGCCUCGUUUCCUGUGGCCUCGCUCGGGCAUCUGUGGCUGCCAGUACGGGCUGGGCGACCGCUGGUUCCUACGAAUCGAGAGCCUCCACGACCAAAACUCCUUGCGAGUGCUGCGCUAUGUGGAAGCUUUCAAGUCCUCAGACAAGGUGGAUGAACAAGAGCCUUUUUCUGAGAAACAUCCCUCCGUGUUUGAAAGUGGCACUCUAGCCAGAGCCUCCAUGACCCUGCCCACGCCCUCCCUGUCCCGGACCACAUCCCGCAGCAGCGGCAGCCACCGGGGCUGGGAGCUCCUUCGUCGUAACACCUUGGGACACUGGAAUCUUGGACUGGACCUUGGCGAGGGGGAUGGAGAUGAAAAUAUUUAUCUAUGAUCAGGACCCCUGUUACUCUCGACAUGGCUCCAGGUGGCCUGGGGUGGGAGGCAGACAGAGAGACAUUUUCUGGGCCAGUAUCGGACUCCCAUGCAGGUAAUCAUGGGAGGCUGUGGGCAGAAUAUUUCUCGAAGGCCACGUCUCAGCCUGCACCUAAGCAUUUCUGGAGACGGGCCAUGGGCCUGUGUUGUCCUAUGCAUGCUCUGGAAGUCCCAUAUCUUUGGAAAAGAAGGUAUCUUUUCUAGCCAAGUUGGACUUGGCCAUCCGAGACACGAGAUGGGGAUGCUACACUAAGGAUGUCUGCCCCCUGCAGGUCCUAGGAAGUAGUGUUGGAGCUCAAUUGUUUAAUGUGGGAGGAGCCGGGCUGCCCCUGCGUCAUGUGGGCGGAGCCAGGACCCCGCUCAGGCUGAGGCCCUUGUCUUUUUCCUGUAGCCCUGAAGCACUCUCUCCCCACCUAGCAACCAAACGGCAACUAACAGACUAUAAGAAGAAAGGCUUUUGAUACUUGCUUUAUUUUUUUUUAAGUUUAUUGUGGUAAUAUGCACAUACAGUUUAUCAUUUUAAUCAUUUUUAGGUAUACAAUUCCAUGGCAUUAACUACAUUCACAUUGUAGUACCACUGUUACCAGUAUUUAUCUAUAGAACGUUCUCAUUAUCUCAAGUUAAAACUCUUGUACCCGUUACACAUUCACUUCCCAUUACCUCCUCCCCAUAGUCCCUGAUAACCAAUAUUCUACUUUCUGUUAUAAAUUUCACUGUUCUCAGCACCUCAUAAAAGGGAAAUCAUCCAGUAUUAAUUCUAGUGUGUCUGCUGUAUUUCACGUAGCAUAAUGCUUUCAAGAUUCACCCAUGCUGUAGCAUGUAUAAGAAUUUCAUUCUUUCCAUUCUAAUUUAAUUGUAUGCACACACACGUUUUAUUUAUCUGUUCAUCCAUUGUCGCACAUUUGUUUCCACCUCUCGUCUCUUGCGAGUAAAACUGUUACAAACGUUGGGGUACAGACGUCUAAGUCCCUGUUUUCGGUAGAUUAUACCUACAAGUGAAAUUGCUGGAUCUCAUGGUAACCUUUGCUUAAUUUUUUUUGGGAAACGGCCAUAGCCUUUUCCACAGUAGCUGUGCUGUUUUAUGUUUCCUCCUCCAGCGAUAUAUGAGUGUCCCGUUUUCUCCACAUCCUUGCCGAUACCUGCUACUUUCUGUCUUUGCUGUUGCUUCUCUCACUGGCCCUCCUAAUGCAUGUAAAGUGAUACCAUCUUGUGGUUUUGAUUUGCGUUUUCCUUAAUGCCUAGUGACACCGAACUCCUUUUUCUGUGUUCACUGGCCAUCUGUAACACAUUUUUUUUUUUUUAAGAAAUGUCUGUUGAAGUCCUUCACCCAUGUUUGAAUUGUGUUGAUAUUUUAUUGUUGUUUCUGAGUUGUCUUAUUCUUGCUUUUGGAGUCUAAAGUGUUUGUAUCUCAUUUGCAUCCUGGUGUGUUUUUAAAUAUAUGAGGUAAAUUUCGCCUUUCUAAUUGUUUCUUUUAUGGGACCGUCCCCAAUCUGCCUGUCGGGUGGCUCAUUGGCAGCUCAUCACCCUUGCGCCUGGAAGCAGCUUCCAGCUGCAUCUGCUGCCACCACCAUCUCGCUCUCUCCGUCUGCCCCUGUGCUGAGCUGUGGGGUGAAUGACAAUAAACGAAGAGGGGUGAUCCUUCUUCAGGGAGGAAAGUAGGAACUAGGCAUCCGGGGCAUCCAUGACAGGAGCUCAGAAGCAGCCUCCCUCUUGUCUCCGGCUCUUCACUUCUCACCCCAGCACCACCAUCACCCUUACCGAGAUGCCGUGAUAACUCUGAAGAGGACUGUGGCCUCCGAUAGCAAAGAGAUAUGUGGGAUUUGUGAAACCAUGGACGGGUUCAGCUAGGCACUCAUGCAGAGCACAGAAGAGUGUGGAACAGUGGGGGGUCCCAUGAGUAUGCAUGCACACACUCCCACAUGCACGUUCCCAGGGGCGUGGGUUCCGAAAGUGCUCAGUCACUGGGACCCCUCAUGUUUCUUCCACCAUGGAAGCACCUCCUCUCCUAUGGACAGCAAAACUCCCAUCUGUCUCCAGACCCAGUUUUCCUUCUCUCUCUUCCAUCGUCCAUGCCUCCUGCUGUCUUCUCUAGUGCUCUCAUCCGUGUCUCUUCCACCUUUCCCUCUCCGCUGGUGCUGGUCAGCAAAUAACCGUGCUCUAUUCUUUCCCACCUUCCAACACAUCGCAAACACCCUCCACCUUUUAGCUACGACUACCCCAUCUUCUUCACUCUUUCUUCAGGGCCAGACUUGCUAAGGGAAGACUCCAUUGUCCACUGACCUCACACAGAGUCCUCAGUCCAUUUCGAUGUGACCUCGCUUCUCCAUGCUACUGAUAUUACCCUCAUCAAGUUUAUCUGUCUACCUACAGCUAAAUCCCCCAAAAGUCUGUCUUGCUUGAAGUCUCUGUAGCAACUGUCAGAUUAUACUCAGCCACUCACCACCUCUCAGCAUGCCCACUGGAGUGCAUCACUUGAUUUCCCUUCUGCCAGUCCCUUCAGCAGUUUUGGCCCACAGGCUCUGUCUUUCUCACCACCUGGGCAGUCCCAUCCACUUCGAAGACUGUAUUAGCAUGGGCACACUGGCGAUUCCCAAGCCCUUGUCUUCAGAUUAGAUCUGUCUCCCGAGCUCCAGGCAUGAACAGCUUGGAUGCCCACCUAUGGGACCGCUGUACCUGGGUACUUGACAGACACCUCCAGCUCAGCAUGUCCCAAACCGAAGAGCUUCGCUUCCUCACCAAACCUGCUCCUCCACCAAUGUUUCCAACGAAACGACAGGCAAAGCUGCCCAAGCCAGAAUCCUAGGCGUCAUCUGCACAUCUGUCUCAACGCUCAUCUCCAGUAAAUCUCCAGUCUUGUGGAUCCUAUCACCUAAAACCUCCUUUGAAAAGUAACUCAUAGGAAUCAAUAAUACAUCACAAAACUGUAAGAGCGUACGAGGUCUACGGGGGGGGGCGGGGGGAAGAAGCGCUUCCCUACCUCUGUCCCAGCCCUUCUGGUGUUCUUCCUGGGGACAUUUUCUUAUAAUAUAGGUUGUUAUUUAUCCUUCCAAAACUAUUCCCUGCAUAUCCAAGCAGAUAUGCAUAUACAUUCAUCUUAAAGACACAUGUAAUAGUACAGUAUAUUAGGAAAACAGCUCUUGCAUUUUGUCAUUGAACAUAUUUUGAAGACUGUUCCAUGCUCAUCCAGCAUAAAACCACCCCGUUCCCUUGUCUCUGCCUCUCUGGCCCCCACUGGCACUCCAAAGUGGGCCGCUGCUGUCUCCGGCCUGCAUUACAGGAGCAGGCCCCCACUGCUCUCCCUCCUGGCAGUCUUGGUCUUCUCCAGUCCACGGUGCAUGUUGCAGCUGAAAUGACCUUCAUAAAAGGCGACCUCUGCCUCCGACGGCGGUCUCCAGAGCGUGCUUCCGGGAGCCGGCCUCUCGCAACCUCUCCAGCCUCCUCACACCCCUCCCCUCUUGCACUCUCUCAUCAAGCUGAAGUAUUAUUAGUUGCUCAAUGGGGCUAUAUUCUCCUUCUCCUUGACCUUCACAGUUUCUGGACCUUUCUACCUUUCUGCACCCAUUACACCUUUCUGGCCUUGUAACUUGAGUGCAUCCUAUUGAUCUCAAUGAUCAGACAUUGAUUGUGUGUUAUUAUACAUCCUUCACUUCCCUGUAGUCCCUUGUUUAAAUGCCCAUCUUCUUUAGUAGAUUAUAAGGCAAAGGAUGUCCAUCUCGUUCAUCAUCGUGCUGCCAGUGCGUGGCAUAAUCCCUGUACAAGGUAGUGGGUAAUAAAUAUCCAUGACCUGAA